AGAAGAAGAAGAAGAAGUAGUAGAAGAAGUGUGUUGCCGUUUUGCAGCUAUGACAACAAACUUUUUCAAGUCUGAUGAAUGGCCUCUCUGAAGAAUACGAAGCUUUGCUCCUCUGGAGUGCAUCGAAAGUCUUUGAAAUGUACCGUGUACUUGGACAUCCAGGCGGUCACAUGUCCCGGGCUGCUUCUGUCUCGAAAGAACAACAUCUACCUCAGUGUGUGCAUCCUGGGCCAGUACAAGAAGACUCCUAGUUUGCCCGCUGUCUUCCCUUUACUCUUUCACCACAAAAUGGUCUUUGUCAGGACUUUCCCCGGCGUUGUUGACCCUGCUGAUGUAGCUGACCUGCUCGAAGCUGACACGACAUCUUUUGAGCUGAUUCAGUUGGUGCCUCCAGAGGGUGAGAUUCUAGCCACCAUGGAGGAAAGCAGCCGAGAUUUCUUGUACCCUGGUCCCAGACUGAGCUCAGGAGAAGGAGCUGCAGAGAGAGAAAUACCGAUGACGAGGUCCUCAUCCUUUCCCGGAAUCUCCCUCAAAGUGGAGUUUAUAACGACGUCGGUCAUAGAAGAGAGUGAUGGGAGAGAAGGCUGGCCUGCAUCGCCCAACUGCUGUUUAUCUCCCGCGAAGCCGGCGUUGACCCCAUCCAGACGAAUUCAGGCGAAUAAGUCUUCAACAUCCAGCCAUUUUCCCAGGACAGAUGAUGGAUAUCGCGUGUCUUUGAAAGGCGGAAAGGAAAAGCGAAAUAUUGAAGCUAGCAUCACAAACUUUCCUUCUUCAUCCCCGUCCGGCCGCAAUCACCAGAAAAACAAGAAGGAAGGAAAAAAUGCUUCUCCCAGAGUUUCUGUCGUCUCUGGCUACCAGCAGCCCACGGUUUCCUCAAUGACACGAGCCCUGUCCCCGUACACUCACCGCAAGAUGUGCCAGCUUUCAGAAGACGCCAGGCAGAGGCUCAGUCACCUCCAGCUGGGGCCUCACCAUUUCAGGAAGGAGACAGAGAUCCAGCCGCCCUUCUUGGUCUCUGGUUGCAGUAGUGUCUCUGCGAUGGGAGCGCUGUCCUCCUCUCCUCACAACAGCAGCAUGCAUCAAUGCUCUUCUAGCUUCUCAGUUGAUCAAACAGAUUCUUCUCUCCUGGGUAGUUAUAGACCAAGAACAGCCGGAGUGAAGUCCAGUCCUCUGAGGGUCCAGUCAUCUCCAGAGACACAGUCCAGACAUGAAGCCCGGGCCCGGAGCUCUGUGAUAGAUUCUAACCAGGCUCAGUCCAACUCCAGAAGUCCUCUGGAUCUCAGCAACCAUUCCAUCAGAGAAAGGCUCCCGCCCGAUCCGUCCCACUGGGAGGAGAUCCACAACCGAGUCCAGAGGAUCCUGCAGACACACAGAACCAACUGGGACCACAGAGGGAACUUUGACCUUUAACCUUCUCAUCUAAAAGUAACCUUUGCGCUGUCAUGCAGUGGAUCACAGUCAGUUUCUACAGGCUGCACUUACCUGUUGAUUUUCACUGUGCCAGUCACAUGUUGUCUGUAGGAAUGAAUUAACACUCACGCCCAGACACUAACGCACCUUUUUAACCUGAAGAUUUGAUCAUCCAGUGAAUAGCUUCGUUCCUCACACACACAUCUCAAGCUUUUUCAAUUUCAUGUUCAUUUACAUUUCAAAUGAUUGACAUUUCAAACAGUUUUUGUCAUCAUUACUCUUUGAAAAGACAGGAACGUUGAUGGGAUCAUGUUCAAACGUGCAGCAGCACUUCUUCCACUUGUCAUUGUUACAUAAAUUAUAUGCGACUGAAAUUUAAAUAUAAAAAAAGAAAGUGUAUUAUAUUUAUACAAGCCAAUAGGUGUGUACAGUAAGUGAUCGUCUGGUUUUUUUCAAUGAAGUGGGUACAUUUAGCUAAAUGUGCAGGGAGGGUCUAAUUAUUCGUCAAACUAUAUCCGUUGUUUGUUCCUCUCUUGGACUUGUAUUGACAAACACCCAAUCUUUACUGAGAUGGAGAAAUUUCAGAUCCCUCUUAGUCAGCAGAGAAAGUUACAGAGCAAAAAUAUUUAGGUUUUCUCACAGAAAAAAACUAAAAACCAAAUCUGGUCAAAGAAAACUGUCUGAUAGAGCAUAAAUGUGUUUUUCAAUAAUAAUUAAACACAGGAGAAAUGUCAGGGGAUAGAUUUUUUUUAUUUUUAUACCAUUAAAAAAAAAAUUAACUCCACAGCAGGUAGUUUUAAUAACGCUGCCUACUGCACAGACUUUACCAUCUCAAUCACCUGACUGCAUUUGAUUUUCAUUUGAAAUUAACAGUGUAUUUUAAAAUUAAGGAAGCAUAUUGUUGCUAAAGUUGUUAUUGCAUUGCAAAUUAUGUAGAAAUUGAGUGUUAAUAUUGACAGUAUUGAUACAUUUUCUGAAAAUUCAUUGUAGAUUGACUUGAUGAAUUCAUGUUUGAAUGUGCUGAAACAAAUAUGAAUGAGUGCAUUUAUUUUGUUUUAUUCUCAUAUAUGCUUUUUUUUCAAAGAUAUAAUGUUGAAACAUAUGACACUCAUUUGUUAUGCUUGGUUCAGCAUUUGACUAUAUAAAACACACUAGUUUCUAUUUUUUUGUCAUAAAUGUCAGACCAUGAUAUUUUAUCCUACGGAACAAUCUGCAUCUUCAGAAUCUGUUGCGUUUAGUUUGGAAGAAACAUUACAAACAUUGGUUCCAGUCAAAACAAAAUGUUUUAAUGUUAUAAGCAUGUUCUUUUUGAAUGACAAUGAUUACUACGUUGCAUAAUGCUUGGAAAACACAGGUCAAUUUAAUUAAAUAUCUGUUUCAGUUGUAAAUAGAAGCCUGCACCAUAUUUACUGCUGACAGUAAAAGUUCUGACUGUU